GUCCCACGACCAGAGACAGAAGCAAACCAAAUAUCCUUUGUGCGGUUUCAUAAUCAAAGGGCUUGUUGAUUUCCAUAUAUCCAAAUAUAAAGAAGAGAACACAACAGCAUAUAGAUGCAAGUUUGAACCGGUCUUGCUGUGCCUGGAUUUAAAGCAAUAUAAAUAGAAAGUUAAGUCAAAUCAAUGUCUUAAAGUUCAUAGAAUCGUACCGAUAAUACAUUGUUUUGAUCUCUACAUUUUACAUAGAUGAUGUGCCGAGAAAGCAAAACGGAAUAUGUGGGCCUUUUUUAAUAGUCUAAAGCGUCAUGAGUUGAUCCUUGACACUGUACAUGACAAGAAUCAAGAAAUAUAUUGCAACUUAAUGCAUCCGGAAAAUUGUCCUAUGCAUUUGAUACUAUGAGGAAUGCUUUAGUUGUGUUUCUUUCUAGUCUCCUUCUAAUUUGUUUCAUUGGAAUCUCUUCAUCUUCUAAAUGUAAUAAGAUGCAUCUAGCAAAACAUGAUUUGAGUAACCUAUAAUUUAAUCAAGUAAUUUGACGAUAAACUUAGUACUAAGGAGCUAGUUGUGUUGUCAUUCAUACCCUUGCAAAUUUUUCAUUUUAUUACUACAUAAAAGACUAUUUUGACUGUUAUUGCAGGACCUUCCCCUGAAUUUCGAUUACUGAAUAGUGAAGAUGAGUUCAGAAAACAAGCCAAUAAAACCAAAAACUGAUUUUGAGCUCGUACUAAAUUAUUCUAAUCAGUGUAUUUGGGAUAAUUUGAAAAAUGACCCAGGUGCAGGUGCAAAUGCAGCUUCUAGAGUAGACAAGACAUUUUCUGGCAGUGAUCCCCUAUCAGAAAUAGUUUGGUCUCCAGAUAAAGGUUUCAGUCUUAAAUGUGUUGAUUCAAGUUUUACUAAUAAAAAUACCUCUCUUUUUGGGGAUGUUGGACCAAGCAGCAUGGUUCUCGCUCUGCUACAAAGCGUUACUGGUGGAAAUUCUACCACAGAUAAACCAAUAGAAGACGUUUUUGAUGAACCUAUUACUGUCAUAUGCACAAAGAGUGAUGUUCCUUCCACAUAUUCUCCUGCUCGGCAUCCAACAAGUGAUUCAGUUGUCAUCAUUCCAGACUAUAAAACAUGUGAAGAGAAUCAUAUCCAUGAUACAGGAUUUGAUGAUAUGGAGAAAAUGAACAAUGGGGAGACUCAAGCCAAUAUUGGAACAUCUAUAAUAUCUGAGAUAAAGGGAUCUUCCACUAUUUCUGGUCAGGUUGAUCAAAGGCUGGUUACUAAUUUAUUACUUCAAGCUGAUGAACCUAAAUCUCGCAUGAAAGAAAAUCCUUCACCAAUGAAUCAUUGCAAUGGGGGCAUAGAUACUGGUGUUGUCAACGAGGUGGUUGAAAUAGAAGAUGGUUUAUAUACUAAGGUUGAGCAUAUAAUUGAAUAUAAAGAUUCUAGUGCUCUAGGUGCAAAUUUAAAAUCUGCUGGCAUCAGUCCUUCACAAAAACUGGAAUUACGAACUUUAAACUGUGUGGCUACUCGUGCAGCAACAAGCAGAGUUCUUGUCUCAAAAUCCAACGGGAAUGAAAACAAAUCCCAAGUCAAUGAAAUGAUGCUACUAUGCAAUAAGAAUAUUUCAGUUAUGCAUUCUCCAUGUAAUAGCAGAAUUCAUAUGACAAGAAAUGCAGGAAAUGACAAGUCCUUAUCAAAUGGGCAUUCAAAUGUUUGUUUAUCGAAGGAGGAGAAUGAUUGUCACUUGAGCGUUGAAAGCUGCCACAAUACUUGCUUUUUGUCAAUAGGAAAGAAGAGAUGCAACUUUCAACAAGUGAUAAUUGGGAGUAAAAAGGUCAAAACGCAAAUUCAAGAAACUCCAUGUUCUAAAUCAGAUGUUAAACCGGAUAGCUCAUUCAUGAAUUUGAUUUCAAACAUCAUGAAAGGAUGCUCACAAUCAACUCAAGAUGAGGAUAAGUCUUUGGCUCUUGCACCUGAAAAUCCUGAUCAUUGUCUUCAAUGGCCUGAUCAGAAACUUCUCACACGCAAUAAUAAUAAAGAACCAGAGCUAACAAAUGCAGGAUUCAGAUCCAAUUCUCUGGCUAUGUGUUGUCCAAGACUUAACAAUGUUAGAACGAGAAUGUGUCAUCAAGUAGGAGAGGCUUUUAAAGAUUUUGAGCUAGGUAACAAGGGACAUGGAAUAGAUGCCACUCCAAUAUAUUUUUUAGCAGAGAACAAUAGCCUUUACAGACAAUACUUGCAUUCAAAUAAACUUGAAGUAUCUAAAGGGAGAAAUGGUGCCUGUCCACCCUUGCAUCCUCAGACCACACCUAUACAUUUUAUCAACAGUCAUGAACACUGGAAAAAUAACUCAGUGGAGAAUGAAAAUUGUUACAAGUUGGGGCAUAGUAAGGGGAAGGAAAGAAUGACAUCGCUUUCAUUACAUUCACCUUCAACUAGACAAAAUAAAAAUGAGAAUGUUGAGUCUUAUGCACUAUGUGAGGGAAAGGAAAUCUGUCAUAAAAGUGAUACCCUGGGAGGUCUCUGGAUAAAUCGAUUUUCACCAAAGUCAACGUCCCCCUUGCUAUUAUUUGAUCAUCCUAAUGAGAGAGGUGGUUCUGAAGUCCAUUCUACGUCUUACUCAAUGCUUCCACAUUACCAUAAACACAUUGCUCUGAACAACUGCAAGACUGAAGAUGCCAAAGAACAAUCUGCUGAUGAACAAUUGCUCAGUGAGGCCAUAAAAUUAAGUAAUUAUUGUAUCAGUAAAGAGGCCUCCACAAGUCUUAAGGAUAAUAAGGGAGAUCAUAAUCAUACAUCAAAGCAUAACUUCAAUUCCAUUACACCUUUACCAGUACUGGGAGAUUCGGGGCCAAUGGUAUGCAUGUUUGCAAGGAGAGUAGGUGCCAUCAAACAAUGCCAACUUACAGAAUAGGCUCCAACACAGGAAGACAUCAUUGAGUGGUGGUACACCACCCCAGAAGCUGGUGCUGAGAUUUCAACUGAAGAUAUAAUAGAAAAAAAUUCAAAAUAACAAAAUGAUAGAUUUCCGAUUUCAAGGCAAAGUGUCUAUCAUUAAUAGCAUGAGUUUAUAGUGUGUUUUGUAGACAAAAUUUUUGUUUUUCUUUGUAAUCUGAUAUAAUUAUUGUACAUGAAAGGAUGCUUGAAACUGAUGAUGUUGUCCACCCACCCAACAUGCACCAUCAAAGGCUAACUAUUCUAAUAUUUUGCUUUAUCUUUGAAAUGAAAGUAAUGUCAGUACAUUACAAUCAAUACUUCUACCUUACUUUCAGCAGAAUUUGUAUUUGUGUACAUUGCUCGUGAAUAAGAGUGCACCUUCAUGGGGUUUAAAUUUGAUUAUCAAGCUUGUUUCUAGAUUUG